UUAUUAAUAUUACCAAAACAUUCCUCAAAACCGUACUCGAGCAACAUUCACCCGCCUCAUUUCCUCUUCGAUAAAUAUUCUACACAUAAUAUCAUGCGUUUCCUAUUCAUCAAAUGUCUCGAUAAUUACGACUUAACAUAGAGUUAUAUUGUCGAAACAAAAACCGUGCGAUUUGCGUAGAAUUGUUUAAAAUAAAAGAAUCACGAUGCUAAACUGGGAGCGCGAAUUUGUCAUAUGAUUCAUCUCGAACUGGUUACUCAGAGUUGAUAAUGUUUGCGAUUUAAAUUGUAUCUCUGCGAGAAUGCAAUUUUACUGACUAUAUGAGUCAUUAAGCAGCAAAACAUAUGUUCCUCUUUCAUGAGGACACUGCAUAAGCGUGGAUCUUUAAAAUAGAUCGUACUUACAUAUGUACGUAUGCAAAUGGAGAGAUACUGAAAUAGAAAAAUUCGAUUUUCCUAGAGUGUGUUCGUCGCGUAUCGUUACCAAUCAUACUCUUUCAUUCACGUUCAGACGAAAGUGAGAGAGCGAGGGGGGAAGAAAGACAGAUACGGCUCGAGAAGCAACACGUAAGUUCUGUGUUUCGUUUUUCGUGAACGAAGGCCGGGUAUGUAGAUAUACAUAAAUGCAUGAUUUUCUGAAAAACCGGAAGCGCGUGGUUGCUACCGUAUCUUGCGGUUUACACUGGCUUCCCAUUUCUUUUACGUUCGUCUGUGUCGCAUGUCUCUUUGUGUGUGGACACUUCAUUCCAACACCGACGACCUUGUGGUAUGCGAACGCAGACACACGUGAGACACGAUGACAUCAUCAGAUGAAAGUGUACAUAACUGCACAAUGCAUCACUUUUCAUAGUUGGCGACGAACGGUGAUGAUUAGUCGGUGAGAACCGAUUCUCAUCGAUCAUGUGAAAAACCGUAUCUCUUACAACGAUACAGAAUGAUUCGAUAAGGAUAUAAUCCCUUUCUAAUCAAAGACACAAAUAAUCAAUGUAUUCCUCAUGUUCCUAAUCUAAUAGAAGAUGAACCUUUCGACUUUCGGUGGUAAGCAUCUUUAAAAAGUCACAUACGAUGUGAUUGUAUCAAGGACAAAUAUCGAAGUACUCAUAGUACUCGCAUUUUCUACUGUAAAAGAUUGAAUAGUAAAUCAAAUAAAUAAUUACACGAGGAUAGCUUCGUUGAAGAAUGCAUAUGUGACUCUCGAAACGCGCGAGUACUUAUCGCCGCUCUUAUCAACGAUUUUCAGUUGCCACUAAUUAGGGCAGCGCCGAAACUUGGCUCGUACGAUAUCAAUUAAUAUAAUUUGUUCGUCCGUUCGCCGUGAAAAGCGUAAUCAGUGCGUGUUCGAUUGCGUGCGCUCGUAUUGAAAAAAAUCGUGUAUCAACGAAAAGUUAUCGAGGACGCAAACGAGGAAAACGUCGAUUAGGCCUCAUGAGACCUAAUUCAAGGCUAUUAAAAAGUAGCGCGUACAAUAAAGCAGAAACUAGUUUAAAGUGUUAUUCUUUUUCGAUCUGCAAUAAAUUCUUUCGUCCAUAUUUAUGUGUAUUUCAAUUUAACUCUCCCUGUCUUUUAUAUACUACUCUUAUUAUACGUGUAUCAAUUAUAAUUUUUAUAGUAUUCGCUUGGGUUGUCGAUGACAGACGUAUCUAGAGACAAAGGAUUAUUAUGAAUGAAAAAAACGCGUGUGUUAUCGGCUAUAGUUCAUACGGUUCAUAUCCUCUCGUAAAGUACAAUGACCUUUACCAGCGGACAAUGACCUAACAAUUUCAAUAGCAUAAAAUAAACAGUGUCACGAUUAGAGUUUCGUCACCGUGCGUUCCUUGCCGUAACUACACUUUCAAUGCAACCGCUUGAUUGAUAAAGAAGACCGUAUUAUUAUCGAUGAAAAACCGUAACCUCUAAACAAUAUCGAAGUAAAACAAAGGAUAGACAAAGCUGUUCGACUGCUCACUUUUAUACAGAUUCAAAUUUUCACAGGCUUCACAGAUCACAGAAUUAGAAAUGGAUUCAUCUAACUCGUCACCAAUGGACGUUAUCGCAACUGCACCGGCGCCGGGUGCAUUCUCUCGUCCAGAACCUGGAAACGUGCUACCCGGGACCUCAGAACCCGGACCUGAAUUGUCGCAAGGUGGUUGGUCACCGUUGAGUACGAUCUGUCCACCCGGCUUGGAAUUCCUUAUACCCCUUGAUCAACUGCGCGUUCGAAGGAAAUUAGGAAUCCUCGACCCAGGAUACGUGUAUAAGGUAAUGAAUAAUAGAAAUGAGAAGUUACUUCGUGUCUGGGAAGAAUCGAAAAUGUUCGCGCGUUCCGUUUAUGGGAAUUAUCGAAAUUGUGAUAUCUACGCGGAGAACGUUAUCAACGGUACUCGAAGAGAAGUUCUACGUAUGGUCCGAGACUGGAGAUGGAAAUGUAAUUGGUGCUUGUGCUGUUCGCAGGAUUUAGAUAUUUAUUCCGGAGACACGUUGCUCGGUUCUGUGAGACAGAACGCUGUCUACUUUCGAGGAUCGUUUUCUAUUUGCGACGCAUCUGGGGAAACUGUUUUACUCGUAGAGCUACCUUACUUUGAAUGCGGGAGGAUCAAGAUAAAGUCUGCAGAUGGUGUGCACACGCUCGGAGCAAUCAGGCACGCAUGGAACGGCGCGUGUUCAGGAUUAAGUCUGAACGAUUACGAGAUAACUUUCCCCCCGGAUCUCGACGUGAAAAUCAAGGCGGUUUUACUCGGCGCCUGUAUUUUAAUUGAAAUCAUAUACUUCGCGACAAGGUACAUUACUAUGAGCACGUCUCAAAUCGCAUAUGCGAGUUCGGACGUUUCGUACAUUCCUCAGUACCUUCGACCUGUUCCAUAUGCUCCGUCUACGUAUCCUAGACAACGAUGAAAGAGGACGACGUUGAUUGUAUCGCAAAUUGUGACUGAUCUAUUUCUCAAGAUCUAUGUUUCCGAUCUAUUUUUUGACGAUCGAUUUUUAUACUAAUAGACAAUAAAUGCAUAAUGUUUUUAACGAAUA